GGGUUAAAUAACUAGACUUCAGAAGUUGAUUAAUACAAGCUGAUAAAUGGGAAUUGACGCUCAGACAAAACAGGUGUCGGAGUUGUAAGUGUAAGUUGGCCGUGCAAGUGAAAAAGUGCGUCUAUUUAGGACGUACACGCUCAACAUCACCACUACGUUUGCAGAAUAAACGCCGCACUUUAAUGGCGGCGGAAGCGGGGCCUGCGCACCCUCAUAAAUCAGGCCUGAAAUGUAACCUGGCAAGUACAGGUUUGCCAAUAUGAUAUUAUGAUAUUGGAAAGCUUUCCGGGAGAGGUUGUGCGUCAUGCCACUCUCUAUUAGGUGCUAUUUUCGUCCUGGCCUGGAAGACAUUCAUCCACCAUCUACCCACCCUGACAGCACCCAAUAAACCCACCACUCCCAUUCAUCUCCACCCUCUCUCCCCCCUCCCUCGCUCUCCCGUUCUCUCUCUUGCCGACGAACGCCGGCGACUUAAAACAACAUAGGAGAAUUGGGUUUGUUCGUCCUGAAGGAUUACAUUGUGGUUCCUUAAGAUUUAACCCUCACAACUGGGUCUUUUGGCACUUUUUAAUUUUUUUUAAAGUCUUCUUAUGGAGGCCCCGCUCCUGUAAUCUACUGAGACCCGUUUCUGCAAAAGGAAAGUUCUAUCCAUGCGUCUCCAACUCUCUGCGCGCACUUGAUCUCGGCGGAGGGAAGCGGACGAAGAGAAGAUGACUAUCCACGCCGAAGGUCUUGUGGCUAUCGUGCUCUUCUACGUCCUGAUUCUUUUCGUCGGGAUCUGGGCGGCGUGGAAGAAUAAGAACUCCGGGGUUGGCGAAGGCGGGGACCGGAGCGAGAGCAUCAUGGUCGGGGGAAGGGACAUAGGACUGUUCGUCGGCGGGUUCACGAUGACCGCCACCUGGGUGGGUGGGGGCUACAUCAACGGGACAGCAGAGUAUGUGUACCUGCCAGACUACGGCCUGGCCUGGGCUCAGGCGCCCUUUGGAUAUGCACUCAGCCUGGUAGUAGGUGGCCUUUUCUUUGCCAAGCCCAUGCGUUCGCGGGGAUACGUAACCAUGCUGGAUCCCUUUCAGCAGCUCUAUGGGGAAAGGAUGGGGGGGCUGCUCUUCAUCCCUGCUCUCAUGGGGGAAAUCUUCUGGUCUGCAGCCAUUUUAUCUGCCCUGGGUGCCACUCUGAGUGUGAUUGUGGACAUAAACAUCAACAUGUCAGUGGUGAUUUCAGCCCUGAUCGCUAUCUUCUACACCCUUGUUGGAGGACUCUACUCCGUCGCGUACACAGACGUGGUCCAGCUUUUCUGCAUAUUUGUGGGCUUGUGGAUCAGUGUGCCUUUCGCCCUAUCCAAUCCUGCCGUGUCAGACAUCACUGUCUCAGCCAAGGAAGUCAUCUACCAGUCACCAUGGCUGGGGAAAAUUGAGCCUGAAGACAAAUGGCUGUGGGCAGACAACUUCUUUUUACUGGUGUUGGGGGGGAUUCCCUGGCAGGUCUAUUUUCAACGGGUUCUUUCUGCCUCUUCAGCUACCUACGCCCAGGUCCUUUCUUUCCUCGCUGCUUUCGGAUGCUUGGUCAUGGCCGUCCCCUCAGUCCUCAUAGGAGCUAUAGGGGCUUCCACUGACUGGAACCAGACCUCUUACGGCUCCCUCCCACCAAAGGACAAGGAUGAGUCAGACAUGAUUCUACCCAUAGUGCUCCAGCACCUCUGCCCGCCCUACGUCUCCUUCUUCGGUCUGGGGGCGGUGUCAGCGGCCGUCAUGUCGUCAGCAGACUCGUCCAUCCUCUCGGCCAGCUCCAUGUUCGCCAGAAACAUCUAUCAGCUCGCCUUCAGGCAGUCGGCCUCUGACCGUGAGAUAGUCUGGGUGAUGCGUUUUACAAUCUUUGUGUUCGGAGCUCUCGCCACGGCCAUGGCCUUGCUAACGGGAUCAGUGUACGGUCUGUGGUAUCUGAGCUCUGACUUGGUCUACGUAAUCAUCUUCCCUCAGCUUCUCAGCGUACUGUUUGUAAAAUUCACUAACACCUACGGCUCGGUGGCGGGCUACAUCUUCGGCCUUCUGCUGCGUAUCGGUGGCGGGGAGCCCUACCUCAAACUCCCUCCUUUCAUAUACUACCCUGGUUGGGUGACCCAGGAGAGAGUCCACCAUCUCACUGGGGACGUGGAGUACUUUGUCCAGCAGAGGUUCCCGUUCAAGUCAGUGUCCAUGUGGGCGUCAUUUUUGGCUAAUGUGAUCUUUUCCUAUCUGACAAAGUACCUGUUUGAGAGCGGUAUGCUGUCACACAAGUACGACUUCCUGGAUGCUGUGGUGUCCAAGCACAGCAAGGAGAUCAUGGACAAGGCCACGCUGGUGGGUAACCACGACAACAUCAACCUGUCGGAGAUGGCGCCGGUCAGGCAGGGUCUGGGCGCGUCACUUGCCGGAACCUUCACAAACACUGAGAUCCUCAGUGAUGACGGGGCGUCUAGUCCUGAGGCUUUUCACAACGAAAACUAGGCAACAAUGGCACAAAGGAGACUAGAACCGAGGAAUCUGAAGAAGAAGGAAUAGUCAAAGAGGCAUUGACAUUCUUCAGGAAACUUGCUACUGCCACACCGGAAGCCGAAUGUGCAGAAACCAGCUUCCGAGGGAUUCCACAAGUUUGUUUUGUGCUGAUGACAUGGUGCGUCCUUCUUUUUUAAGAGUCCUUGCCUAGAACCGUGAAGUUGACAGUCAAUCAAAUCAGCUGUGUUAAGGGUAUCACUUUUGUGUUUUCAGUCAUGACUCUGUGAAUCUCUUUGUGAAGACGAAUCAUCAACGCAACCAGAUUGAUUUAAAAUGCUGCUACAGUGAUCAGUCGGAGGCAAACCAACGGCAGAGUGCAGUGGACUGUGGGUAAAGAGAAUAGUGCAAUAUCUAAUCACGGAACUGUGUCCAUGUCUUCAUAACAGUGUGUGUGUGUGUCUGUUAAUCUACACGUGUAAACCAGACAACAACCAGGCUUUGAGAGCGCUUCAGAAACCUCAUUUGACUUUCAUUUUUUUGCCUAGAGUAUAGAGCAAUAAUACUUUUAUUAUCUGUGUUGUACAGAUAAAGAUACUGUGUUAAAUUUAAACAUUACCUCCAUUGUUUGUACUUAGAGACCAGUUUCUGCCUAAUUUUAUGUUAUUUGUUCGUCAUACUCUUAAUUAUCCGAUCUUAUCCACAAAUUCCAGACACAAAAAGUCAGGAUAAAGACUUUACACAGCUAUUUUAUCACCAAACCAAUUUGCCAAACAGAUGGUUGGUAUAUGACGAUUCUGCAAAUCCCAUUUUACAUUUAGUCAAAACAUUUUCUGAUUUCUACAGUAAGUAUUUAAUAAGCUGCAGCCAAAGUCGUACACACCAUAAAUGUUAAAUGUGGAGUAAGCAGUUCUAUACCCUGGAUCGAUGGUCUGCUGUGAUUGGUUGUUUCACUAUUAGCUGCCAUUACUUCUGUACUUCUUCAUAUUGUUUAAUAAUUUAAUCUCUAGCAAAGCAUUGCACUAUAUUUCAUAAGUUCUUCAUGCAUUUUAUUUGUCAAACAUCUGACAGGUAAUUUAGUCUGUCAGAUAAAUGUAGUGAAGUAAGAAGUGCAGUGUUUUCUUCUGGAAUUGUAUCAUGCUGCUGUUUGUUUCAUGCUUCAUCAGUGUGUUGAAUGUUUAGUUAAAUAUGAGCAGAAAAGCAGAAAUACUUUCUCAAUGUCGCAAAAACUGAUCAAACAGUCACAGCAGACUGUCCCCUCUGGUCCUUAACUACUAUAAUAACCAGUCGAACCAGAGUUAACCUCCAGCCAAUCAGAUCUUACACCAACAUUUGGUCAAAUUCACCUUGUACAAACUCUCUUCUCUGGUAUUAUUACUGUCACCGAAAAUGAGAAAAAACAAGGCGGCUCAGACCAGAUCCACAAAAGACUAUUCAUGAACGUGAUCGCGCAGAGACCCAGAGACAACGACCCAUCAUGAGGUGAACACUUGAAAGACAUCUAUUACAGAUCUGUCAGUUUAAUGCCCCUUUCAAGUUACAAAUAUCUAGACCACAAAAAUAUGGCUACGUUCAGACAGCAGGUCUUGAUGCACAGUUUGGAUUUUUUGGUGAAAUCAGACUUUUUGUGUGCUCGUUCAGAUUACACAUUAAAUGCAACUUCUAUCAGUUUUAAGUAUGAA